AUGAUCGUCUGGAUUCAGCUACCAGCGCUUAAGGUUCAUUUCUAUCACAAGGAGGUGCUGACCAUGCUUGGGAAUCUCAUCGGAAGAACAAUCAGGCUCGAUUAUCAUACUCUGAAUCUCCCGACGGUCCUAGCCAUCAUCGGCGGGGAGCUCCGGAACAAUGAGCUUCCGUUGGCGGAAGAUCCGAAUCCGGGAUUCGGACCGUGGAUGCUUGUUACCCGCAAAAGCCGGCGGAAUCCAAGAGAGGCCCCGGUCAAGAAAGGAAAGCUGGAGAAUGAUUCUGGGAACCAAAUCGACGAAAACGUGACCAAGUAUGGAAACAGAGGAACCCCAAAAAAGGAAGGAGAGACCUCUCCACAAAAACCGCCAACCCACACUGCCUCAACGCUGAAACGGGCAUCUAAUCAAGAAAGGAAAGGGGGUGUGGACAAGAAAGGAAAGGAAGAAAACAAGAAAGGGAAAGAAAAGGUUGGUUCUAUGUCUAACGGUAAUGACAAAGGGGUGUUGGGCACUUGCCCUGAGAAACCAACAAACGGGCCGAAGCCCAUGGCGGACCCAACGAAAGCAUCUACUUCUUACCAGCCGACGGAGAGCCCAAGUUUGGAUAACAAAAUCUGCAACCCUCAACCCACCCGGCCCAGUCCCCCAACCUACCACACCCACACCGGGCCCAAUGGGACAGUCAUGCAGAUCGUUGACCUUCAAGCUUCCUCGAUCGGGAAACAGAACAGCGCGACCUCUCUUCUGUCCCUACCUUCAACCACGACCAGGACCAAGAAGAACAAAACGUCGAAGCAGAGCAAUCGGCGAUCCCCAGCCAAGCUCAAUCCGGCAAAGAGUCUACAAAUAUGGUCCCCGAAAAAGGAUAAGAAGGCAAAAUCCAAGGCUAGAAUCGCAUCUUUGACUCUGCAAGAGAUUCAUGCCUGGACGACCGCCACCGAGAUAGCUCCUAUUUCCUUGGGAAAAGACGACACAUCCAGAAGGGAGGAGGAACCUCGGACAACCUCUAAUCCGGAUGGGCCGGAACCCUUCUCUAAUUGA